GCGGCGACGGAGGCGGGCGGCCCUGCGGAAUCAGUUCAGCUUUUGGCGGCUGCAGCGGCGGGGUCGGAGGGCGACUAGCAGACGGGCUGGCGGACAGGCGAGGGCGCGGCUCCGUGAUUGGCAGUGAUAGUGAAAGCCAGCCUUUGCUGGACACUUACUGCAUUCCAGAUACCGCACUGCUGUCCUUUAACCCUCCGAGCAACCAGUAGGAGGCAGGUGCUGCUGCAGCCCCAUCUCACAGAUCAGGAAGCGAGGCCCCAGGACGUGUAGGAACUUGCCCAAGCAUCACUCAGGAGCCAGCAUGAACGGAUGCGCUGACUACGCCCCCAGCCCCAGUGACCCUUCCAAGGAGCCUGUGGAGCCCUGGCCCAGCCAAGCCCCCCUCCAGGAGGACGUGGACAUGAGCGACGGCACAAGCAGGAAUGAAACCAACGAGAACGGCUCGACGGGGCGGGACUCACGGGGCAGCAACUGUGACGACAGCGGCCGGGAGCUGGGGAUGCUGGUGGGGCCGCCCGGCACCUGCCAGGGUCCAGGUACAUUUAGCGUGAUGAUGGUGAAGUCUGAGCACCACCCGUCCACAAGUGGCUGCAGCAGCGAGCAGUCCACCAAAGUGGAUGCCCACAAAGAGCUGAACAAAACGCUGAAGGAGCUGAAGGUCCACCUCCCUGCGGACAAGAGGGCCAAGGGGAAGGCCAGCACCUUGUUGACCCUCAAGUACGCCCUGAGGAGCGUGAAGCAGGUGAAAGCCAGUGAGGAGUACUACCAGCUGCUGAUGUCCAGUGAGGACCACGCCUGCAGUGCCCACGUGCCCUCCUGCACGGUGGAAGAAAUCGAGAGCGUCACCUCCGAGUUCAUUGUGAAAAACGUGGACAUGUUUGCUGCGGCCGUGUCCCUGGUGACCGGGAAAAUCCUGUACAUCUCUGACCAAGUGGUCUCCAUCUUCCACUGUAAGCGGGGCACCUUCCACGACACCAAGUUUGUGGAGUUCCUGGCGCCCCACGACGUGGGCGUGUUCCACAGCCGCACCACGCCGUGCAAGCUGCCGCCCUGGAGUGUCCGCCACCGAGCAGACUCUUUUACUCAAGAAUGCGUGGAGGAGAAAUCUUUCUUUUGCCGCGUCAGUGUCGGCAAAAACCACGAGAGCGAAAUCCGCUACCACCCGUUCCGCAUGACGCCCUACCUGGCCCAGGUGCGCGACCGGCAGGGCACCGAGAGCCAGCUGUGCUGCGUGCUGCUGGCAGAGAGGGUGCACUCGGGCUACGAAGCCCCUAGAAUCCCUCCUGAAAAGAGAAUUUUUACGACCACACAUUCGCCAAAUUGUUUGUUCCAGGACGUGGACGAAAGGGCGGUCCCCCUCCUGGGCCACCUGCCCCAGGACCUGAUCGAGACCCCUGUGCUCGUGCAGCUGCACCCCAGCGACAGGCCCCUGAUGCUUGCCAUCCACAAAAAGAUCGUGCAGUCCGGCGGGCAGCCUUUCGACUAUUCCCCCAUCCGGUUCCGUGCCCGGAACGGGGAGUACGUCACGCUGGACACCAGCUGGUCCAGCUUCAUCAACCCGUGGAGCAGGCAGAUCUCCUUCGUCAUCGGGAGACACAGAGUCAGGGUGGGGCCUUUGAAUGAGGACGUGUUCUCGGCUCAGACGCACGUGGAGGAGAAGGCCCUGCAGCCCGGCACCCAGGAGCUCACGGAGCAGAUCCACCGGCUGCUGCUGCAGCCUGUCCCACACAGCAGCUCCAGCGGCUACGGGAGCCUGGGCAGCAGCGGGUCCCACGAACACCUCCUGAGCCAGACCUCCUCCAGCGAAUGCACCGGCCAGGAGGACCCCUGCCGGAGGAGAGCCGAGAUUUGUAAAAAUGGUAAGAAGGUCAAAAGCAAAAGCCCUUGUCCGGAUGAAUCUGGAGAACAAAAGAGCGAGUCUGCUGCAGAAAUGCAGAGCAGUUCCCCGGCUCAGAUGAAAGCUCUCGCAGCCACGGAAGAGGACCGCUCCAGGGCCAGCCUGCCCGAGGCCGGCCUUCCUGAGGAGCUGGCCUUCAAGAGCCCGCUCGCGGGCUCCUACCAGCAGAUCAGCUGCCUGGACAGUGUCGUCAGGUACCUGGAGAGCUGCAGCAAGGCCACCACCCUGAAGAGGAAGUGUGAGUUCCCGGCACACCUCCCCACGCGGAAGGCCAGUGACAAGCGCGAGGCCACCGCCGGCCCCGGGCCACAUGCCGCAGAGACCGCGUCACCCUUCAGGGUGAACAGCCACACGGACGUGAGCACGCACUUGACCUCGCUGACGCUGCCCAGCAAGGCACAGAGCGUGGCGUCCCUCACCAGCCAGUGCAGCUACAGCAGCACCAUUGUCCACGUGGGCGACAAGAAGCCGCAGCCUGAGCUCGAGACGGUGGGAGAUGCUGCCAGUGGGCCCGGGUCUCUGGACUGCCUGGUGGGCUCCGUGCUGCCCUGCGGCCUCGGCCACGAGCAGGGGCCCUUCCGGAAGCUGGGCCUCACCAAGGAAGUGCUGGCCGCCCACACCCAGAGGGAGGAGCAGAGUUUCCUGCUAAAGUUCAGAGAAAUAAGAAAGCUCAGUGUCUUCCAGUCUCGCUGCCAUUACUACUCACAAGACAGAUGCAAGGGGCAGUCGAGUGAAAGAGCUGCUCCCGGACUCAGAAAUACCUCUGGAAUAGAUUCAUCUUGGAAAAAAACGGGGAAGAACAGAAAACUUAAGUCCAAACGGGUCAAGCCUUGAGACUCCUCGGGGAGCCCUGGGUCCGGGGGGCCCCCGCCCCAGCGGCUGCCACUGGUGGGCCUGAAUGCCACCGCCUGGUCACCGUCGGACACAUCCCAGUCCAGCUGCCCCGCGAUGCCCUUCCCCACCCCGGUGCCCGCUUACUCCCUGCCCAUGUUUCCAGCCCCAGGGAUAGUGCCAGCUCCAGGGACUGUGGCAGCGGCACCCAGAACUCCCCACGCCGGCCUCGCGCUGCCCGUGGACACCCAGCACGAGUUCACAGUCCAGCCCCCACCGUCUGCCGGCCCCUUGCCCCCGGUCGUGGCCUUGGUCUUACCCAGCUGCUCCUUCUCCCCGGUGACCCCGAGCCUGCCCCCAGCUUUCUUCCCCGGCCAGCGGAACUUGCCGUCCGAGGUGAUUCCUGCCUUGCAGCCCGAGUUCCCUGGUCGGACCUCAUCCCCCAAACACCUGCACACGUGUGCCCUGGCAGAGAGCGGGCUGCCCGUGUUGCAUGUGGCCGCCCAGGCCGCCCUGCCCUCGGCCGCGGGGUCUGCAGGCAGGACCUCACCACCGCUCUUCCAGUCCCGCGGGAGCUCGCCCCUGCAGCUCAGCCUGCUGCAGCUGGAGGAGGCCCCCGAGGGCGGCUGUGCGGCCGCAGGGCCCACGGUGCCCACAGAGACCGUGCGAGCGGGGCCCGACUGCCAGCCUGGCUCAUCCUGGGACCGGCGGCCCGAGGCACCGCCAACCUGCGACAAGCCCAAGGACGGCCAGAGCAGCGACGCCCUGUGCACGCCCAGCGGCCUGCUGCACCUCCUGCUGCGCGAGGACCUCUGCUCGGCCAUGGGCUCAGCCCCGUCCGGGAGCGGGGCCUCCGUCACCUCCUACUCCCUGGGCUCCGGCUCGCUGGGCUGCGAUGCAUCUGCAAGUGGGGCCGGCAGCAGCAACACAAGUCACACCAGCAAGUAUUUUGGAAGCGUCGACUCCUCAAAGAAUAACCACAGAGCAAAAGUGAAGGUGGACAUGGUGGAGAGUGAGCGCCUCAAGGACGUCCUCCAGGACCCCGUCUGGCUGCUCGGGGCCGACACGGACGACAGCGUCCUGAUGGCAUACCAGAUGCCUUCGCGGAAUUUAGAAACGGUCCUGCAGGAGGACAGGGAGAAGCUGAAGGUGCUGCAGAGGCUCCAGCCCAGGUUCACAGACAGGCAGAGGCAGGAGCUGCAGGACGUCCACCCGUGGAUGCGGUCGGGUGGCCUGCCCGCGGCCUUCGACGUGGCGGAAUGCGUUUGCUGUGAAAACAAGGGAAAAGACAACGUUUGCAUGCGGUAUGAGGAAGCUACCCCUACUCUGGGACUCAGCGGAACAACCGACACCACAGAAGAGGAAAACGGACCCUCCCUGAGUCACAGAAACGAAGGGCAGACGUAACCCCCCGCAGCGGGACAGCCGGUGGCAUACAUUAGGUGGUGCUCUGAGGAGGGGGAGGGUCUUCACCUGUGUUUCUAAUGAAAUGGACGGAUAUACUUACAUGACUUUUUUUGUUCUAGAAAAAACCCAUCGUUUUCCGAAGGGGUGAUUUAAAACCGUGGCGGGUAGGAGAAGUUUGGGAAGAAAUAGCUUUUUGUAUUUAAAAUAUAAAUAUGGAGUUUUCGGGGACAGGGGAGGAGAUUUUCAUCAUUGUUUAACUUGAGAAGGACUGCUUCCCUCCUUGUGUCGGGGAAGCGGCUGAGUGUUCUCAGCCAGAGCACCAGUGUCUGCUGGCUCCCCGUGGGCGGUCCCGGGGUAUCGCACCGGGCUGUGACCCACAGCUAGGAUGCCACAGGUGACUCCGCACUGAGGGGCCGGCCUUUCGGAGCUUCCCCAGAGUGUGUUUGGAUCAGAUCAAAUUAUGUCCUCUCUGGGGGGCUGCUUUUUAUCUAAAUUAUUUAGUCAGACUAGAUGUUUUUAAAACAUACCAAGUGGAGAUCACAGCCUCCGCUAAUCUUCUUUCAACAUGUUUUGCAUUAAAUGGCAGACCAGCAGCUUCAGCUUCAAGUGUGGUAGCAGCAAACAUUUCACCUGACGUAGCUUAAGUUUGGGGUGAACGAAGUUGAAAUGCUCGCUCUGGACUAAAGAUGCCUAGUGGUUUGUGUGACCAACUCCAUCGUAGAAAUAUACAUCCUCAGAAAUACGCAGACCCUUGUGUAUAUUUUGACAUAAUUCUCGUAUCCUUUUCAGACCGGGAGAGCCAAUAUGUAGAUAAAAGCACGUUGUCGGUCAUCCCCUUACUGUGACUUCCCUCUGCAAACCAGGCUUCGAUCGCCACACUUGGGGCCCACCCGUAUUUAUUCUUUGAUCGGCACUUCCGAGACAUCAGCUCUGGCCCAGCUGAGCCAGUGCUUUCUCCUGACUUAGCUGGUGGCUGCGUCUGUGUUUUCCAGGGCGCCGUGAUCUAACCGCUCUCACCACACCUGGGCUGGGACACCGGCCCCUAAUUCUUUCCAUGAACCUGACCUCAUUGGUGCCAUUUCCGGUCUCUGUGGUGAUGUCCACUAGCACUUUCAGGUGAAUGGGACACUCGGGGAAAAGUGAGACCAGACGGCCCAACUUUUUGCAAAACCUCAUACUGCAUCGUCUAUCCCAAAGAUUGUCUGCAAAAAUGUUACAUCGGUCCCUAGGGUGAAUGAGAAGCUGCCAGUGAUGACACAACUGACUUACAAUUGCAUCGCGUCUGUAGAAAGUUAAAAGGGGGCAGCUUCCCCUGUUCUUUGCUGGAGAAGCAGCUACUAGAACAGGUGACGUCUCCUUGUAAUCCAGUUGGUUUUCAUAGUCAAACCACUUUAUGCCUGAAUAUCAAUCCUAUUUUUCAUAAACUCGAACACAGAAAGUUUAAUUUUUUAUUUUUUUUAAUUUACAAAGCAACAUCAGCUGCAGAUACCCAAGACAAGGUGUAGUCUAUGCAUUUUUGUGGAGACUAGAUGCUACAAACUGCUUCCUGCCACUAAAGGCAGAUCAUUAAGGGAUUAGAUGGGAGCGAAAGUUGCAUUGACUUUCCCUAAACGCAAGACUGCCAACACGUUCCCUCCUGUUAGCAAUGUUUACUGGCAGCAUUAUCUUAGCAUUUAUGUAUAUUCAUUGAUUGUUAACUGCUGCGUAGCUUUGACGUGUGCUGAGAAGUUGACAGCAGGAGCAUUUUGUGAAAUUGUUUACACGGUGCCACGCAUCGGGUCUUACAUUUUCGUUAGUAUGUGUGCUUACACGGGUGUUAUAAAAAACUUCUUCUCGAUUUUAAACUGAGCCUUCUUUUUAAUAUAUUCCUAAAAAGAUAUGUAAAUAAGCUCUCAGAGUCUGUGUAACGACGUGUUAAGCCUUGCCGGACAAGUGGUUUGUUUAUGUGCAAACCAGACUUUCUUCACCCAGUGCAAUAUGUUUGUUGGACUGCUUGUGUCUUUUUAUGAUUUUUUGCCUUUUAGAAAAUUGGUAAAUAAAGCAAGUAUAUUUUUAUUUUUA